AUGUCGGCGACGACGAUGAAGACGGCGAUAGUCACAGGUGGCUGCGGCGGGAUCGGUUUCGGGCUGGUCUCCCACCUCCUCUCCAAACCGGACUGGCGCGUCGUGAUCGCCGACAUCCGCGCCGACGCCUACACUGCCAUCUCCGCGUCGCUGGCGCGCGAGGGCCACAGCGACCGGGUACUCUUCGUCGCCACGGACGUCGGGUCGUGGGACUCGCAGGCGUCGCUGUUCAAGCAGGCUUGGGAGUGGUCGGGCGGGCGGGUCGAUUUCUUCGCGGCCAACGCGGGCACGGCGGAGAGGGAGCAUAUCGCGCUGGCGAAUCCGUUGGCUGCGGCAGCAGACGACGCUGAACCGACGCCGCCCCCUCUGCUGUGCACGCAGGUCAACCAGAUCGGCGUCUUUUACGGGCUCAAGUUGUUCGUCCACUAUGCUCGGCGCACUGCGAAGGCCUUGCAUCUCCAAUACUCCUCCGCCGCAGCAACAAACGGCAUCGAUCCCGCUCCCCACAACCCAUCGUCAUUCCUAUCCCCCUCCGCAGCCGCAGCCUCAUCCCUAGGCUACCACCCAAAAAUGGUCAUCACCUCCUCCUGCGCCGGUUUGUACCCUUUCCCCAUCGCCCCGGAAUACAGCGCGACAAAACACGCCGUGCUGGCCCUCACCCGCUCCGUCGGGCCCGUGCUGUACUCGACCGACAACAUCGCCGUCAACUGCAUCAACCCGGCGUACGUGGACACGAACCUGACCCCCUCGGAAUUAACCGCGCAAUGGCCGCCGCAAUGGAUCACGCCCAUCAGCACAAUGGUGCGCGCGUACGACGAACUCAUCUCCGAAACCGGCCAGGUGGUCCAAGACGGCAAGUCUAACGGCGAGGAUGGCGUCGUGAAAACGGGCCAGAGCGUCGAGUGUGUCGUGGACAAGCUGUUUUAUCGCAGACCCGUCGAGUAUGCGGAUGAGAGCCAGAGGUUUCUCAUCGAGCAGGCCUUUGAUCUGAAAGAGGGGCUGUGGUGGAAGGGCGCGAGGAAGAUGUUUGAGACCUUUGCCAAGCAACAACAGCAGCAGCAGUAG